GAAGCCCCUUGGAAAAAGAAAAACACCUUGCCCUGCUCUGACUCCCGCCUGCAAAAGGGUUCAGUGCCAAAUUGAAAGGCUUCCUAAAAAUGGGCUGAUCCAGGGAGGGGGGCGAUUUAGGAGCUAUUGAGAAACAAGGAAGAACAAACAGUGUUAGGUCAUUGCUUCUGCAAACACAGCCAGAGCUGUUCUUCUAUAAAAGGGGGAGAAAGCAGCUCCAGAGCCAUCACAGACUUGGAGGGGACAGUCUGUGACCAAGGAUACUGCACCCCCUCCUCGGCACCUGACUCCCUGCCCAAGUAUGAAACUCAUACUCUCCACUGUGCUGUCCUUUGGGAUAGUGGCCCUGUGUUUUGCUGCUCCCCAAAAGGCCAGCAUCAGAUGGUGCACAAUAUCCUCAGCAGAAGAGAACAAAUGCCAUAGCCUAAGGGACCACAUGCAACAAGAGAACGUUGCAUUGGGUUGCCUGCAGAAAGCAACGUACCUUGACUGCAUAAAAGCCAUUUCGAAUAAUGAAGCAGAUGCCAUCAGCUUGGACGGUGGUCAGGUUUUUGAGGCAGGCCUUGCCCCCUACAAGCUGAAGCCCAUUGUUGCUGAGGUCUACGAGCAAAAUGGAGGCUCCACAACCAGCUACUAUGCUGUGGCAGUCGUGAAGAAAGGAACAGGCUUCACAAUAAAUGACUUGCAGGGCAAGACCUCAUGUCACACAGGCUUGGGCAGGUCUGCUGGCUGGAACAUCCCGAUUGGGACACUCCUCCGCCAGGGACAUAUCAAGUGGGAUGGCAAAGACUCAGGCUCCAUUGAGCAAGCGGUGGCCAACUUUUUCUCUGCCAGCUGUGUGCCUGGUGCCACUACUGAACAAAAGCUGUGCCGUCAGUGUAAGGGGGACUCCAAAACCAAAUGCUCCCGCACGGCACCUUAUUCUGGAUAUUCUGGAGCUUUUCACUGUCUGAAAGAUGGAAAAGGAGACGUGGCUUUUGUGAAACACACAACUGUUCAAGAAAAUGCCCCAGAUGAGAAGGAUGAGUAUGAGCUCCUGUGUCUGGAUGGCAACCGUCAGCCUGUGGACAACUACAAAGCCUGUCACUGGGCUAAGGUGCCUGCUCAUGCUGUUGUGGCUCGAGAUGAUAGCAAGGUUGAUGACAUAUGGAACUUCCUGUCAAAAGCACAGGAAAAAUUUGGUGUAGGCACAAGCAGCUCCUUCCAGCUCUUUGGGCCACCUGGCAAGAAGGACCCAGUCCUCAAAGACUUGCUUUUCAAAGACUCUGCUAUCCAGCUGAAGCGUAUCCCGGCACUGAUGGAUUCCCAGCUCUACCUGGGCUUUGAGUACUACACUGCCAUCCAGAGCAUUCAGAAAGGUACGCAGGACAUUAAACACUACCAGCUGAACCCCAACCGCAGAGAAAACAAGACACGGUGGUGUGCAGUAGGCAAGAACGAGAAGAGCAAGUGUGACCUCUGGAGUGUGGUGAGCAACGGGGACGUGGAGUGCGUCGUGGCAGACAAUACCAGGGACUGCAUCAUUAAGAUCAUGAAAGGUGAAGCAGAUGCUAUCAGCUUAGAUGGAGGUUUUGUCUACACUGCUGGUGUGUGUGGCUUGGUGCCAGUGAUGGGAGAAGUCUAUGAGGAUGACAGUCAAUGCAACAAAGCAGAAGGAGAACCAGCAUCCUACUUUGCUGUGGCUGUUGUGAAGAAAUCUGACGGUGAUAUCACAUGGAACAAUCUGCAGGGUAAGAAGUCAUGCCACACUGCUGUUGGGAGAACUGCUGGUUGGAACAUCCCCAUGGGCUUGAUUCACAACAGGACUGGGAGCUGCAAUUUUGAUGAAUACUUCAGUGAGGGCUGUGCUCCUGGGUCUCCUCCUAACUCCCGCCUCUGCCGACUCUGCAAGGGCUCAGGGAGGGUCCCGCCUGAGAAGUGCGUUGCCAGCAGCCAUGAGAAAUACUACGGAUAUACUGGCGCUUUCCGGUGUCUGGUCGAGGAGGGGAAUGUGGCCUUUAUUAAGCAUUCAAUUGUCGAGGAAAACACUGAUGGCAAAAAUAAAGAAGACUGGGCCAAAAAUCUGAAAAUGGACCAAUUUGAAUUGCUGUGCACUGACGGGAGACGGGCAAAUAUCAUGGAUUAUAGGGACUGCCACCUGGCCAAAGUUCCGACCCAUGGUGUAGUCACCCGUCCUGAGAAAGCUAAGAAAGUCCGUGAGCUGCUGGAGAGACAAGAGAAACUAUUUGGAACAAAAGGAAUUGAGAAAGAAAGGUUCAGUAUGUUUCAGUCUCAAACCAAGGACCUUCUGUUUAAAGACUUGACCAAGUGUCUGGUCAAACUCCGCGAUGGCAUAACGUACAAGGAAUUCCUUGGAGAUCAGUACUAUGCUUCAGUUUCUAGCCUCAACACCUGCAAUCCAUCAGAUCUCCUCCAGGUGUGCACCUUCCUUGAGGACAAGCAGUGAGAUGGGAAGGACCCCUGCUGGAGGGGGAGAAAACUUCAAGCAAUGACUCCUCUUGUGCCCUCAGCAUCCAACACUGACCUGCAGAGGGCUCUUUACCUUCACUGCUUUCUCUGCCCUUCCUCAUCACUCUGAAAGUGGCUGUUGGAGACUUCACUGUUCUCUGCUGCCAUCACAGCAAAAAAUAAAAUCUCAAAUCUAAACA